CAUGAGACAAAGAAUAUGUAAUGGUCGGCCUUUCCAGACUACCCAUGAUGUGCGAAACAAAGCCAAUGAUCGUGUAAAAAAUACAGUAAACAAUUAAGUAUGGAAUGAAUGAUUGGCAAUGCAAUAGAUGCAAGCGGGAUGAUUUCGUCGGAUAGUCUUUCGGGAUGGCGGGAAGAAAGCUGAAAGAAACAAAGCACACAAGGCAUUUGCUUGUUUCCCAACGAAUUCUUUGUUUCCUUUUUCUUGCUUGGAUGGAAGCAACGAAGCCCACGUGCUCGUUUACACCAUGAUCAAAGCGGGGAGGACGGCCGCAACUCCUGCAAGCGCGCUCGCAGACACCGUCGAGGAGGAAGAAAUGCUCUCGCUCGAAUCUUGUUGGGUCGCCAUGGAAGGCGAUCCGGCCUGGCCGCUGGAUUUGGUAGCAGAUGAUCCAUCCGAGGCAGCGCAGGUGGGGAAUUCCACUACCUCGAGACAGCCACGAGAAAUGUGCACCCCGAGCUGAGGCGACAUUCCAAUGGCGUACAUGAGAUGCAUCGCGUUUGGUUUGGAUUCGAACGACUGGUGGAAGGAGAGUUUCACGGUGUCCUGGGAAGCGUCCAUCGAUUGGCGCUCGAUCUUGAUCGCCUCGGAAGGAAGGCUCAGCUGAACGUUGGAAUAACCAAGAGUUUCGUCAAGCGGCCAGAAGGAGUCAUAGAUGGAACCCAACGCGUCUUGGUCCAAUCGCUUUGCCCCGGCAGCGAGGCUUCCGGCGUAUGCCUUAGGGGCAGUUUCGUUGGGACCUUGGGUGACCAUGACGAUCUUGCUAUCGCUGCCAUCAAUGGGGUUCAUGGCACAGACCUCUGUCGGGCGGUAUCCGAGAGAAACCCAUGGCAGCUGGGCCCCCUUUUCGGUGGGGAUGGGUGUCACAUCAAGCCACUCUACCGAAAGCUUCACGGAUUGGGAAGAAGGAUCGUAGCACGAUUCGACACGGACACGGCCUUCCUCCGUCAAGGCAACCCCCGUGUCUCCUGCGGGGACAUCGACUGGAAGGUUCGCCUUCAUAGGGGGCUGCCAAACCGGACUAAAGGUGUAAACGUUGGAAAACCAAGAGUUGGAAUCGACCUCGAGGUUACUGGGUACGUGUACCUCGAGCUGAGGGGGUCCAACGGUCGAUGGCUCGCCGUCAUCGCCAUUCGCAGAUUGAAUCAAGGGGCACGACCCACCGCUUGCCUCAAGAUUUUCGAUCAACAUGAACAAGUCGUCAUCUUCAUCCGAUAGCAUUUCGUGGUUUGUGUAGACCUGGAGCAUGUCAUCUCCAAAGCCUUCUCCGGGAAUGUUGAGAAUGAGCGGCCAGUGGAUGGCGUCGUCGUCGGAAGUGGUUGCGUUCUGGACCAUCAGUUUUCGGUUGCGCUUUGGGUUGCUCUUUGGGUUGCCGGUUACGCUCAUUGUGAAAUACUGCGAGGCGAAAUCCUUUUUCCGCCAUUGUUUGACGAGGCGCGGGAUGUUCCCGUCGGCGUAGUAUACAUGCUGAUCACCAAGGUAUUGGACAUCGGUAUCGUCUCCUCUGUUAUCAAGAAACCAAUCGGGUCGUAUGUUUCCAACAACCAUUAAGUUCAUAUGGUUGCACUCUUCGAUCAGCGAGGGAUCGGUUUCUCCAAYUUUCACCUCCGUACUGUUCUUCCAGGUGAUAAAAUACAUUUUCGAUCCGCGGUGAAUCAUUGUCGUCAACGGAUCACCCUUCGAAAAAUCGGUGUUCUUGUUGCAUCCAACGACCCCGUUCUUGCUUUCUUCCUCGUCGAUGUCGUCACACGGUCCCUGCCCGAUCGUUCGAAGGAUUCCGUUCGAGAAGGUUGUAUCGGAACGCUUCCAGUUCUUGUCCAGACGGUAAAACGUUCGUCCCUGGCUGCGCCAAACGACGUCGUCGCUGCCAAAGGCCAUCGACUGCGUGUCAAAGUCGGUGGCCCAGGCCAUUGGCCACAUGUAAGGAGAUCCCUCGGCGGGAGUGCCGGGGCAGGCGGCUGAAUAACCGUUGGAAAAACCU